AUGAAGUGGAACGCCUUUCCGCUUGCCGGCGCCGUGGGCUUCGCGCCCCUCGUGGCUGCUGGUCCCGCUGGCCCCCACGGGGUUGUAAUUGCACGCCAACAGUCCGGCUCACAAACCGGCAUGUCGGGCAUGACGGCUUCCAUGUCCGCCCCUCCUACUCGGAGCCACCCAUCUUCUGUGGCACACACUCCCUUCAGCGGCACGCCCUACACCACCGGUGCAGUCACUGCGUCCUCUGUCGGGACCGGCAUUCCUAAGGGCAGUAUCUUGCCCGGUGCGACUACGUAUCCCAGUAAUGGCCAGUUGAACAACCCCGAGCCUGCUCCGUAUGUGCCCGCUGGAGGCCUUGGUACCAACGGGAGCAUUCCCGUGUACAAUGCGAAGAGCGACUUUGACUUUGAAUCCUUGGCCCUCGCGCUUUACCAGGAAUGGAUCGAGCUUGAUCUGUUCCAGGACGGUCUGAGACGCUUCUCCGACGAGGACUUCCGGGCUGCGGGAUUGAGCCAGGCAGACCGCGACCUCAUCGCCUUUAUGGCCGAGCAGGAAGUUGGUCACGCAACCUUGAUCAGCAACAUCCUCGGUGAUCGAGCACCCCAGCAGUGCUCCUACAACUAUCCGUACACCAAUGUGGCCGAGUACCUCGACUUCUGCCAGAAGCUGACUCGCUUCGGCGAGUCUGGUGUCUACGGAUUCCUCGCUCAUUUGGACUCCCGUGAGGCCGCCAACCUGCUGACCCUCUCUAUUACCACCGAGGCUCGCCAGCAAAUGAUCUUCCGUCAGUUCCAGGGUCUCUUCCCCAUGCCGGUCUGGUUCGAAGUUGGCAUUCCCCAGUCCUGGGCCUGGACUCUGCUGGCUCCGUACAUCUCCUCCUGCCCGGACAACCAAACCCGCCUGGCAUGGCAGAACUUCCCCGGGCUGCAGGUCCUCAAUCAGCCCAGCAUUGCCACUGCAGGCAACGCUACCGCCCCGAUGAACAACACCCUUGGCCCUGCCGCCAACGUUGUCCGCGGCAACAGCACUGGGAACCAGCCCAUCACCAGUGACAACGGUGGAAGUGGUGCCCUGGUCACCCACGACACCGGUGCUCUCUCCUACCCCGGCCGCAAGGUCUACCUGGAGUGGCAGCAGCCCGGCCAGCAAGUUGGCCCCAACAACAGCUACGUGACCAACACUACCGCUGGAGCGGGCAAAUACGUCGCCUGGGUCUCGCAGCUCAAUGUCACUUACUCUCCCUUGACCGUCACCUAUAGCAACCCUGGCAAUGGCACAGUCGGGGGCCGUGGAUACACCGUUCAGCCCGAUCUGGAGACCUUCCAGGGCGACCCCGCCAUCAACGGCACCAUCUUCAUUGCCAUCACCGAUGCCGACAUGUACCUGUCACCAUUCAACUUGAGCCUGAUCAACCCGCAUGUUGUUGCCGGUCCUGCCAUCUACCAGGCUGGCUAA